AUGUGGAAACAAGGGGAUAAAAAGAUAAAGAACAAGGUAAAUUCUGCAUCUAAUACAAAGACUACAUCAGUUGACCAGAAAGUUAACAAGAGACUUGCUUCCCAGACUUCAGAUGAGACCACAAGUCCACUCAAAAUUCCAAAACGAGCUGCUGCCUGCUCAGAUUCCAAGAAGAAAUCUCUUUAUAUGUCCAAAAAAUCUUCAGUAAUUGAAACAAAAAGGAAUCUGCACGUGGAGGAAGAAAUUGAAGCCCUUCAUCUGACUGCUGGAGGAGAGGAUGGUAGACCCUGUAGAAGACUUACAGAUUUCACCUUUCAUGAUGUGGAUGGGAAACAACAACCAUUUGAGAUGCUGGAAGUUGAUAAUAUUUAUGUCUCUGGUCGAAUAUUGCCCCUUGAGAAAAGUGCUAAUAAAGAAAAAGAACAUGGGGUUAAAUGUGAGGGCUUUGGACGCAUAGAAAACUGGGCUAUCUCUGGUUAUGAAGAAGGAUAUCCAGUUAUAUGGCUGUCAACUGAUAUUGCAGAUUAUGAUUGUAUUAAACCCUCGAAUAGUUAUAAAAUGUUCUAUGACCAUUUCUUUGCCAAGGCUAGUGCAUGCGUUGAGGUUUACAAAAAACUGACAUCUUCUGGAGGAAAUCCUAGCUUAACUCUGGAUGAGCUGCUUGCUGCUGUUGCCCGUGCAUUAACUGGGCGGAAAUGCUUCUCUAGUGUUGCAUCAAUCAAGGAUUUUAUACUUUCUCAGGGCGAGUUCAUUUUUGAGCAGCUCAUUGGUUUGGACGAGACAUCAAAGAAGAGUGAUGAAAAAUUCAUUGAGCUACCUGUCCUUGCUGCCCUUCGAAAUGAGAGUUACAAUCAUGAGGAUCUUACACAUGCCCAACCUAGGUCCUCAACUGGGACUUUAAAAAUUUGUCCAGAAUUAAGUGACACAGGAAACAAAAUGAUGCAAUCUGGUUCAUCAAAUUGUCCAGCGGAGCAUGAUGAAGAUCUAAAGUUGGCAAGAUUGUUAAAUGAAGAAGAAUACUGGCACUUGAUGAAGCAGAAGAAAUACAAGUCUUCGAUAUCCUCGUCAACCAAAUUUUACAUUAAGAUUAAUGAGGAUGAAUUUGUGGAUGACUAUCCCUUGCCUGCUUAUUAUAAGACUUCUAACCAAGAAACAGAUGAAUAUGUAAUCUUUGAUAGUGGCAUUGAUAAAUGUCACAUAGAUGACUUGCCCCGAAGCAUGCUUCAUAACUGGGCAUUGUAUAAUGCUGACUUAAGGCUGAUUUCCCUGGAGCUCCUCCCAAUGAAGCCGUGUGCAGAUAUUGAUGUAACCAUAUUUGGGUCAGGAGUAAUGACUGCUGAUGAUGGGUCUGGAUACACCUUUGACACUGAUAACAAUCAUUCCUCCUCAAGUGGUCCUGGGACAUCUGAAGUUGAUGGAAUUCCAAUUUAUCUGAGUGCCAUAAAAGAGUGGAUGAUUGAGUUUGGAUCCUCAAUGGUUUUCGUUUCAAUACGCACAGAUAUGGCCUGGUAUAGGCUUGGAAAGCCGUCAAAGCAAUAUGCUCCUUGGUACGAUCCAGUUUUGAAAACAGCAAGGCUCGCAGUCAAUAUCAUAACAUUGUUGAAGGAGCAGAGAAGAGUUGCACGCCUUUCUUUUGCAGAUGUUAUCAAGAGAGUAUCAGAGUUCGAAAAAAAUCACGCUGCUCAUAUAUCGUCCGAUCUGAAUAUCGUGGAAAGAUACUUGGUCGUUCAUGGACAGAUUAUUCAUCAGCAGUUUUCAGAAUUUCCUGAUGAGAACAUUAGAAGGUGUGCAUUCGUGACUGGUCUUACAAAGAAAAUGGAAGAGAGACACCAUACCAAAUGGUUAGUGAAGAAGAAGAAGGUUCUGCUGAGGAACGAACCAAACUUGAAUCCAAGAGCAUCUAUGGCACCUAUGAUGUCUAAGAGAAAGGUCAUGCGGGCAACAACGACCAUGUUAAUCAACAGAAUUUGGGGGGGAUAUUAUUCAAACCAUUCUCAGGAGGAGUCUAAUGAAGGGACUGGUUGUGAAGUUGAAGAGGCAGAUGAACUAGAAGAGCAGGAUGGGAAUGAUGAGGAUGAUGUUUUGGAGGAGAAUUUAGUACAAGAGAACAUUGACACACCUUGUUUGGAACCACUACAAAUCAAUUCAUUUUGGAAGGGCAAGGAAAUCAAAUGGGAUGGGGAACCUAUUGGGGAAACACUUUCUGGUGAGGCUCUUUAUAGACGGGCCACAGUUCAUGGAGAUGAGAUUGUAGUUGGAGGUGCUGUUCUGGUUCAAGUUUAUCAAUCUGAUAAAUUUCCAUAUAUAUUUUUUGUGGAAUACAUGUAUGAAAAAUUGGAUGGAACCAAAAUGUUCCAUGGAAGAAUGAUGCUACGAGGAUCCCAAACUAUUCUUGGAAAUGCAGCUAAUGAAAGGGAAUUGUUUUUGACAAAUGAGUGUAUCGAUUUUGAACUUGAAGAUGCCAAACAAUCUAUAACUGCGGAGAUACGGGUGCUACGCUUUGGACAUCAGCACAGGAAAGCUAAUGCUGAUGCCGACAAGAUUGACAGAGUUAGAGCAGAAGAAAGGAAGAGGAAAGGGUUGCCAACUGAAUUUUACUGUAAAUGUUUGUAUUGGCCUGACAGAGGAGCUUUCUUUAGCCUUCCUUUCAAUGAGAUGGGUCUUGGAUCUGGUUUCUGUCAUUCUUGCAAACUAAAGGAAACUAAUAAUAAGAAGGAACGAAUUGAGGUGAAUGCUUCUAUGAAAGAGUGGAGGGAGGAAGGUUCAAAAAUUAAUGUCAGGAGAUUUUUUAGACCUGAAGAUAUUUCUCCGGAGAAGGCAUACUCUUCAGAUAUUAGAGAGAUAUAUUAUAGCGAGGAAACACAAACAAUUCCUGUUGUGGCAAUUGAGGGAAAAUGUGAAGUCAGAAGGAAGAAUGACCUUCCCUGUCAACAAGAUUGCCCUGCAAUUCUUGACCAUAUUUUCGUUUGCGAACAUCUAUAUGAUCCUGCUGGAGGGUCUCUCAAGCAGUUGCCUACUCAUCUCAAAUUGAAGUACUCAUCUGGGAAACUGGAAGACGAUGAUGCAUUGAGGAAGAAAAAAGGAAAGAGUAGUGAUAAUUCAGGAGUCAAGACAGGACGUGAAGCUUUUCAGGGGAACCCCUUGGCUACUCUGGAUAUAUUUGCUGGUUGUGGUGGUUUGUCUGAGGGACUGCAGCUAUCAGGCGUCUCUAUCACGAAAUGGGCAAUUGAAUAUGACGAGGCUGCUGGAGAUGCAUUUAAACUAAAUCAUCCUGAGUCGUCCGUGUUCAUCAACAACUGUAAUGUGAUUUUGAGGGCUGUCAUGCAGAAAUGUGGGGAUGGAGAUGACUGUGUUUCAACCCCUGAAGCUGUUGAGCAAGCUUCUUCUCUGUGUGAGGAAGAGGUUGGUAACCUGCCAUUGCCUGGACAAGUGGACUUCAUCAACGGAGGACCUCCUUGUCAGGGUUUCUCUGGAAUGAAUAGAUUUAAUCAUAGCACCUGGAGUAAAGUUCAAUGUGAAAUGAUUCUAGCAUUUUUAUCGUUUGCUGAUUACUAUCAACCAAAGUUCUUCCUUCUCGAAAAUGUGAGGACCUUUGUUUCAUUCAAUCACGGAGAAACAUUUCGUUUAACUCUAGCUUCACUUCUUGAAAUGGGCUAUCAGGUGAGAUUUGGUGUCCUUGAAGCUGGAGCAUAUGGAGUUCCUCAGUCCAGGAAGAGAGCAUUUAUAUGGGCAGCCUCUCCAGAGGAGUCCCUUCCCGAGUGGCCAGAACCAAUGCAUGUGUUUGCUGCACCGGAGUUGAAAAUAAGGAUGUCACAAAAUGUAUAUUGUGCUGCCGUUAGGAGUACGGCUAGUGGAGCUGCAUUUAAGUCACUUACAGUUAGAGACACAAUUGGGGAUCUGCCGGUGGUUGGCAAUGGGGCAUCUAAAAUCAGUCUACCUUAUCAAGAUGACCCCAUAUCAUGGUUCCAAAAGAAAAUUCGAGGGAAUAUGCAAGAGUUAUCUGAUCAUAUAUCCAAAGAGAUGUGUGAGCUUAAUGUCAUCAGGUGCCAGAGAAUUCCCAAGCGCCCCGGAGCUGAUUGGCGCGACCUUCCAGAUGAGAAGGUAAAACUGUCCACUGGCCAAGUAGUUGAUUUGAUACCAUGGUGCCUUCCUAACACGGCCAAGAGGCACAACCAGUGGAAGGGGCUUUUCGGAAGGCUUGAUUGGGAGGGUAAUUUUCCCACAUCCAUAACAGACCCACAACCGAUGGGGAAGGUGGGCAUGUGCUUUCACCCUGAACAAGACAGAAUUGUGACUGUUCGUGAAUGUGCACGUUCUCAAGGCUUCCCAGAUAGUUAUCAGUUUGCUGGUAACGUUUUACAGAAACACAGGCAGAUUGGUAACGCGUUAAACAAGGGGGCAGCGGCAAUGGCGGGAAAUGAAAUCGAAGCAUAUAGAAAAGGUUCUGUUUUUUUAAGGUGGGCAAGUUUUUAUGAACUUUUUGAAAUGGAUUGGUACCAUGUUCUUGUUGUGGAGCAAACUAGACUCCUGAACAACUUGAACUUUGUGGCAGACAGAAAGGCUGCAAACAUAAUGGAAACUGGAAGAAGAUGUAUCGAGGAAGAAAAAAGGAAAGACUGGAGGAGAAAAUACUUAGGUGUCUCCAUCACAAAUUAG